AUGGGGAGUGCCCCUGCCGAGCAGCUCGAGACUGAAGGCCAAGGAAUAAGCAAUGACGCUACACAACAUAAGCAGCAUGAGUAUAGGGUUGGUGUGGAAGAGAAGUUGGUCUGGAAAUCGCAGCUGGACCAGCGUCAUGGUUGUGGGAAUGGUGAAGGCAAAGAUGCAAUGGUGGAUCAUAUUCAUAGGGUUGGUUUGUUGUGCUGGAAAGUAGUUGAUCAACAACUGCUGGUGAUUCACAAACUGAAAAUUAAUCAUCCUCACAUAAGAAAAAUGAUAUAUUGCCAUGUUUGGCUUGGAGUGGGGAGGAGAAAUUUUUCUUUGGGUGGGUUUGGCAAGAUUCAAAGCUUAGGGCGCUAUUUAACAUUACCAUGGCUCCAAGUUGUCAACACGGACGAGCACAAGCGCCAAACCCAGGCACGAUUUUCUUUUUGGUAA